AUGACAACAACAGAAGGGAAAGGAAAUGUAAUAGAUUUUAUUCAUAAUGGUGAAUGGACAUUAGACAAUGACAAAGAAUUUCUUGAAUACAUGAAAGGAAUCCAUAAUACAAUAUUAGAAUCUUGUAAUCAACUUACAACCCAAAUACAAGAAGCAACAAAAAAUAUCAAUCUCCUUGAAUUACAAGUUCGAUCAACAGGAGAUAAAUUUGUAUAUAUUAGUCAAUCUCAAUAUCUUGAAAAUAAAGUAGCUGAAUAUGAAAUCAAAGAAGAUGAUAAAAAAAGAAGUACAGAAAUAAAAGAUAUUGAAGAUGACAAAUUAUUUGAAAUUGCACUUGAAAAAGGACUUCAAAUGAUUAAUGGAAUUAAUAUCAAUGAAGGAAGGAAUUUUGUUGAUGAAAUUGAGUAUAUUGGAUAUCCUCAAUUAUCUAAACAACAAGAACAUAAGCAAGAGAAUACAACAGAAUCAAAUCAAAUAACUACUUCUGUAUCACAAAUUGGAGAAAUUAAAACUGGAGAAAUUCCACCACCACCACCAUUACAUAUUGAUUCAACAGGAAACCCAAUUUUAUCAUCUUCACCAAGAAUCAAUUCUGAGAAACAAGAACAAGAAAUUCAAGUAAUUUCAAAAGAACAACAACAAGAUGAAGAAACUACAAAGAAAAUAUCAAUUAUAGAAGAAAUUAAACAAAAAGGAUUCAGAUUACCACAACCAGGAGAUAACAUAGAUUCACCAACAAUCAUUUCUAAUCCCAAAAUUGAAAAGAAAGAAGAAACACUAAAUAACAAAAUACAUGAAUCUGAAAAGAAGGAAGAACAAAUUGAUGAUGUAACUAAAUUAUUAAUAGAAUCAAAACAUAAAAGAGAAACUACUUCAAAUAAAUUAUCAAAUAUACUAAGUUUCGAUGAUGAAAGUGUUGAUUUUAAAACAAAAACAAUAGAAAAAAAGAAAGAAGAUUCACAAAAAAAAGUAAAAGAAAAGAAGAAGAAAGUUGAAUUUGAAAAUUUAUUUGAUGACAAAGAAGAUGUUGAUGUUUUAGAAAUAUUAGCUUCUUCACUUGACACAAAAAAAGAAACUAAGACAAACACAACUCAACAUCAAGAUGAAAAGAAAAAAACAUCAGAAGAUUUUAUUGAUUUAUUACUUGAAAAGAAAGUAGAAGCAAAAGAAAAGAAACCAACAAAAAAGAAUAAGAAGAUUGAUGUUUUGUUUAAUGAUGUUAAUGAAGAACUUGACUUCUCCCAACAAAACAAAACCCAAACACCAAUAGAAAGGAAAGAGAAUAUUCAAGAAGAAAAAAAAGAAUUAACUAAAAUGAAUCUAGAUCCUUUAUUUAGUGAUGUUAUAAUCAACCAACCUGAAACCAAAAGAGAAGAGCCAACAACAACUCCACUAUCUUCAGAAAAGAAAAAAGAACCCAAAAUUCAAAACAAUCAAUCAAAACAAGAGAUUACUAAGAAAGAAAUAAAAGUAGAUAAUUUAUUUGAAGAUAUUGGAAUUCAAUCCAACUCUCAACCAACUAUGACUAAUCAGAAUAAACAAAUAUCAGAAAGAAAAGAUAAACCAAAAAUUGAUAAUCUUUUUGGAGAGUAUACCAUUAAAUCUCAAGAAAAUAAAGUUGAAAAGAAAACACCCACAACAGAUGAUCCAUUGUUUGGAUCAACAGUUCUUAAGAAUGAAGUUAAAACCGAAGAGGAGUCUCACAAGAAGACUAUUGACAAUCUCUUUGAAGAUGAUAACACUCAAGAAAAGAAAACAGAGAAUCAAACAAAUCAAGACAAAAAAGGACCAAACAAACAAAAGAAAGAAAUUGAUGAUAUCUUUAAUAUUGAAACACCAACAAAACCAUCUGAUAAUGAAAAAGUAACACCUCAACAUCAACAAAACUCAAAAAAGAUAGUUGAUGAUUUGUUUGAGAUUGAAUCAAAGACAAAAGACUCAACUAAAAAAAUACAAGAACCUAAACAACACCACAAAAUAGACAUUGACAAUCUAUUUGAAGAACCAAAGAUCAUUUCAGAUAUCAAUAAUACAAAGAAUAAACACAAAAAAACAAAAAUAGAUGAUUUAUUUGGAGACACAAAAGUAGAAGAUACUGAACAAGUAUCAACAAAUGAAAUAAAAGUAAAGGACUUAUUAGAGGGUAGUCAACCAAAAGAGGUUAAGAAAGAAGAAACUAAAAAGCAUGGACAAACAAAGAAAAUUAAUGACUUGUUCUCCCUUGAUGAUAACUCUAACCCACAAGAAGAAAAAAAGAAAAAUAAGACAAAGACAAUACAAGUUGAUGAGUUAUUUGAAGAUGUCAAUACAACAAUAAAACAAACCAAACAACAAGAAGAAAAGAAAGACCAAUCUAAAAAGAAGAUAGAAAAUAUCUUUGAAGAAGAAACUAAGAAACAAGAAAUAAAAAUUCAAGGAAGUAAGGUAUCUAGUAAAAUUGAAGCAUUGUUUUCAACAAAAGAAGAACCAAAGAAAAAACUAGUUAGUGAUAAUGAAACCAAAACAGAAAAAAUGACAAAAACACAAACAAAAACUAAAUUAGAAGGGAUUUUUGGGAAUAAACCAAUCAUGGGAGGACCAACACCAAUAAGACCAAAACCAGUAGAACAGAAAAUUGAAGAGGAUAAUGAAGAAACAAUAGAAAUUCGACAUGAUGGUAAAAUUAGUAGAAGAACUGUAUCGGGUCCAAAAGGAAGAAGAAGACCAACAAUGAAAAAAGUUCAAUUCGAUGAACACACUGAACGACUCAUAAAAGAAAUCAAUGACAAUAAGAUACAAGAAAAUAAUAAAGAAAGGAUUCAAGAUUUAUUAGAUGGCAAAGAAGUCAAACCUAUUAGAAUAGAUGAUAUUAAAAAACAAGAGGAUAUUGAAUCGACAAAAGAAUUUCAUGUAUUAGAUAAAGAUAAAGAGGAAGGUACUGGGGAUAGUGAUGGGUUUAUUAUUGAAGAUGACCAACCUUCAAAGAUCAUAAACAUUAAUUCUAAAGAAAAUAACAUUAAAGAAAAUGAUACUGAACAUAAGGAACAAAUAAAAAGUGGUGAUACAACAAUAAUAGAUGAAUUAUUUGAAGAGAAGGAAGAAGAUAAAACAAAAGAAGAAGAUAUAAUUAAGAAGUCAGAAAAACCAAUUGAUAAUAGUAAAAUCUGUUCAGAAUUUGAUUUUGAUGAUUUCUUUUAA